AUGCAAGAGGCGCAAGUGGACGCCUUUACAUCCGGAGAACACGAGAUGUCUCCUAUCAGCGGGUGGAUGUGGCGAGGGCGGAAAGGAAGCGGCGUGGCGAAGGGCGUCAAGGGCUUGGGGAUGCUUCAGCACCUAAGGGACAGCCGGCUCAUUCCCUACCGCCUCGGGUGUAACUGCCUCUAUGAUCACCCGGCGCUGAAGCACUUGCUGAGCGGUCGAGAGAACGGGAGCUCGCCUGAUGCGUUCCCUCGACUGAUGCACAUCAACCCGUCCAUGGCCGGGCCCGUGAUCCUCCGCCGGAGGGAGAAGGGAGUGGUUCCGGGCGCCGUAGCUUUUGCGGGGGCCGAGUUCGUUGUCGUCGGGAAGACCGUGGUGGGGGUCGAGGAGGUCUGGGAGGUUGUGUCUGAGCUCUCCGAGUUUUUCGCAUCGCAGUUCUCGGAAGACUUUGACGAGUCGCCGCCGCCCUCCCCGCCUGGACUGGAAGGCGUCCCUGAGUUCCACACCAAGCACGGCACGGCCAGGUCUACGCUCUUCGUGCCUGCUACCUCGGAGGGCAUGCUAACGUUGCUGGAGGGACAGGCACCUGGCGACAUCGAUCGCUUCAAGGCGUGGCACAUGGACCCUGAGUUUCACACCAUCUCGCACCACGUCUGGUGCUUGGAAGAUCUCCGGAUAUUCCUGUUUCUGCACCGGCUUCUCUUUGUGUUCUGGGUCGUGCCCUUCACCGUGCAGCAGCUUUCGGGUCUCCUGCGGAUUAUCGUCCUCUGCGGGUACCUCGUUAUGCUUGCUUGCCGACUCCCAGCCCACGAAGAUUGGCUUUACGAGUACUACCGGUCGCGGGUUGGCCAGGCAGUGGUGGCUGUCAUGCGUGUGCUCCUCGUUGUCUGCUGCGUUGUGCGAAAGGUCUUGAAAGUGGCGAGCAUGCUGGCUCGAGAGCUGGUAACUCAGAUGAUGACUCUACCGGGCCUUAUCUUAGGGGAGAAAGGUGUAGUCAUCAUGAUGGCGAUCGUUCUGGUGGUGAUGGAAGUGACUCACUUGGUUGCCGGGAUUGUGUACACCCUCUACCGCGCCGGCGUGGACUUGACCAUCGCCUGCCUACCUCGAGUGCCUUGGCUGGCGUCGUCCGUGCGCUUUGCGGAUGCCGCGCUUGGGUACUUAUUGAAUCUCGUUGUUGUCCUCUUUUUGGGCUCGGUGUCCCUCGUGCUUUGGUGGUACUCUCCCCCGAAGGAAGCUCCGUCGGUGCAGACUGAGAAACGCUAUCGGGAGCUGUUGGAGAAAACGGACCCUGAAUCGAAGGAGGAGCUUGCAAAGCUUGUGAAGGAGUUGAUUUCGAACCUCCGUCAUCAGAACGAAAUGGCCAUGGAACGACGGCGCAACAUCAAAACGAAAGGCGCCCGUGAUUGCUUCGGGGGGCGCCGUGUAUGUGCCCACGCUUGCUCAGGUGCCCUUGCUGUAGCUGCUGUCAAGCUCAAGAGGAAGGCUUCAUCCCAAGAAAUGGCCCAUAUCAAGCUCAUUCUUGCUAAGAGCGGCGUCAUUCGUGACAGCUUGGUUAGAACAGCGCGCUUCCUGCUUGCUACUGAUCCAACCAAAGCUGUGGCGGAAGUCAGUCAUGAACUCUUCCAUGCGGCAUAUGAUGGGUUGAUUUGGCCAGACGAGCCACUUAUUGGAAAAGCUCUGCAGUCAGAGGGAAGGGAUCCCACCGCCGAGAACAUCAACUGGCACCGUGCCAAGUGGGUUGCCGUCGCGGCCGAACUUAUCGUCGACCAGGAGCACACUUCAUGGUUUAAGGUUCCUCCUGGGUCGACAAAAGAAGGCGGCGACACGUUCCGCAAUUCCGGCGUGCACCCGGCCGAACGGUGUGUCCACUGCUACACCCCGCAGGAGGGUAGCAAUUCCUCCGCUGCCGCCGCCGCCGGCACCCGACAUAGAUGCAUGAAGACGGAGGGCCGCAAGCCGAGUGCCCGGUUCUCUGCGUGCAGAUCGGCCGUCGUCAAGCAGUCGAAACGGCACAAGGUUCUCCCGCGCUUCGAGCUGGCGGAGGAGAAGUGCUGCGUGAUCCCCGCGGAUUCCGAAAGUUUCACCGGCAUGGCAGCGGAGUACCCUUACUUCCACGUGGAGGCUAGGCGCCCCGGGGUCGACGACUCCGAACGCUCACGGCGAUUGGCAGUUCGUGUCAGGAGCCUUGACGAGAAGUUCGAUUGGUUGGUUAGCCUCGACAAGGAAAUGGCCGAGGCGAAGGCCGCGGCACGAAGACCGGCCUCCGGACCACAAGAUGGCGAGCCAAACGCCAAAGACCAGGAGGAAGAUGACAAGACCACGCGGGAGCGCAAGGCGGCACAGGAGCGGAAAGCUCGGCGCGUAAAGGCCAGGAAGGAGCGGGCAAAGGAAGCGGAGGCGGUCCGACUGCAGCGCCUAAAAGAGCUGGAAGAAUUGAUCGCCGCCGAGGAAAAGGAGGACGGCGAUGGCAGCGCCGAAGGCGACUCUGCUACAGAAGAAGCGGAGGAGGAGGAGGAGGAGGAGGACGAAGCGUCCUUGUGCAUCGUGUGCAUGGCGGAGAAAAGAAACGCCUGUCUGGUCCACGGCAAGACCGCUCACUUGGUCGUCUGCUUGCCCUGCGGGAAGCGGCUCAAGAAAGCCAACAUGGGGUGCCCAAUCUGCAAGCGCAGAAUCGAUGUAGUCAUCGAAUCCUUCACGUCGUAG